CGCGUAGAGGGAGGCGGGGGGGGAAGGAAACCCUCAUGGAAGUAUGAAGGAGAUGGUGGGAGGCUGCUGUGUCUGUUCUGAUGAGCGGGGCUGGGCGGAGAACCCGCUGGUGUACUGCGACGGGCACGGCUGCAAUGUGGGAGUGGAGCAGUCUUGUUAUGGAAUUGUCCAGGUCCCCACCGGCCCCUGGUUCUGUCGGAAAUGUGAAUCCCAGGAAAGAGCCGCCCGGGUGAGGUGUGAGCUGUGCCCCCACAAAGAUGGAGCCCUGAAACGCACGGACAACGGGGGCUGGGCCCACGUGGUGUGUGCCCUGUACAUCCCAGAGGUGCAGUUUGCCAACGUGCUCACCAUGGAGCCCAUCGUCCUGCAGUACGUCCCCCACGACCGCUUCAACAAGACCUGCUACAUCUGUGAGGAGCAGGGCAGGGAGAGCAAAGCUGCCUCUGGAGCCUGCAUGGCCUGCAACCGGCACGGCUGCCGGCAGGCAUUCCAUGUCACCUGUGCACAGAUGGCUGGGCUCCUGUGUGAAGAAGAAGUCCUAGAAGUCGACAAUGUCAAAUACUGUGGCUACUGCAAGUACCACUUCAAUAAAAUGAAGACCUCAAGGCACUCUGGAAGCAGCUCCUUCAUCGCUGGGAGGAGGAGUCGCUCCACGUCCCCCACCCAGGAGAAACACGUGUCCCACCACGACAGGCCAAAGAAGAGUCGGAAGGACAAAGAGAGACCUAAACAGAAGCACAAAAAGCGGCCGGAGUCUCCUCCCAGCAGCCUCCCCCCGGCCCCUGUGCCCGUCACCACCGACAAGGGCUCCACCAGCCACCAUGAGGGGAGCAAGGAGACCUCAGAGGUCGGCAGGUCGGAGGUGAAAGGCAGGAAGUCCUCGAGCCAUGGCAGCAGCCACAAGGGGAAGAAGACGGGAAGCGGGAAAAGCUCCGUUGGCUUCAGCUCGGCUUCAUCCAGCGGGACCUUCCAGCCUGCAGGUACCUCCUGCAGCAGCUUGCAGUGCUCCCAGGACUUUGUGACCUUCCCCAAGCUCGAGCAGGACGACGAGAAGUACCGGAAACCUGUGUCUUCCUCGUCCUCCUCCCACUGCUCCCCGCUCUACGAGGGCCAGAAGGGCGACGUCUUCGAGCAGAAGGUGAUUUUCUCCGGCUUCGGGUCCAUCAUGCGCUUCUCCACCUCGGCUGUGAGCCAGCAGAGAGCCCGGGAUGCCUCCCCCGUGGACUACAAAGCCUCAAAUCCCACCAGUGGCCCCUCGGUGGGGACCAGUGGGACCAGUGGGAGCAGCAGCAGCAGCAGCCACAAGCGGAUGCCGUCGCUCAGCCUGGAGGAGGGAGAGGUGCUGAAGGAAAAGAAGCACAAGGGUAGCAAGAAGAACAAGCACGGGCCCGGCAGGCCAAAGGGGGGGAAAAGCAAAGAGAUUUUGGGGGCCCAGCUGGCUGGGUCCACCUCCACGUCCUCGUCACCCUUCUCCGGGGGCUCCCUCGUGAGCUCCAGCAUCGGCAACUCCUCCCGCUCCUUCAGCCACACCGGGAACCUGCCCAGCCUCAGCAUGGAGUCCCCGCUGCUGGGCUCAGGGAUCUACACCAGUAACAAGGACCCCAUUUCCCACGGGGGUGGGGUGCUCAGGGCUGUGUGCAGCACCCCCCUCUCCUCCAGCCUCCUGGCACACCAGGGCACCUCGUCCCUCCCGCAGCUCAACCGCUCCCCCUUCGCCAGCACCAUCCCAGCCUCCUCCUCCUCCGUGUCCACCACGCAGGUGUUCUCACUGGCAGGUUCAACAUUCAGCCUCCCUUCCUCACAUAUCUUUGGAAGCCCCCUCACCUCUGGGCUGUCGAUCAACCCCCUCCUGAACCAGUCGGAAAGCAGCCGGGCAGAGCCGGACCUGGAGGAUUGCAGCUUCGGCUGCCGAGCGUCGCCGCAGGAGAGUCUCUCUUCCAUGUCCCCCAUCAGCAGCCUGCCGACCCUCUUCGACCAGACCGUGUCCUGCAGCAGCAGUGGGCAGCUGGAGAAUGUUCCCCAGGCCACCCCCAACAUCGAGCAGCUCCUGGAGAAGCAGGGCAACGGGGAAGCCGGAGUGAACAUUGUAGAAAUGCUCAAGGCCCUGCACUCGCUGCAGAAGGAGAACCAGCGGCUGCAGGAGCAGAUCAUGACUCUGACGGCCAAGAAGGAGCGUUUGCAGCUCCUCAACGUCCAGCUCUCCGUCCCCUUCCCCGUGGUGACCAGCAGCAACGGCCCCGGCAGCCAGGCCCAGUACAUCCUGCCUCCCAACGUCUGCAACAACGAUUCCCUGAGCAUCAGCAAGAGCCCCCCGUGCAAGAACAGCUUUGGGAUUGAGAACUCCCUCUCCACUUCCUCUGAGGACCCUCACUCAGGGUGUCCCAGCAGGAGCAGCUCCUCCCUGUCCUUCCACAGCACCCCUCCGCCCCUGCCCAUGCUGCAGCAGAGUCCUGCCUCGCUCCCCCUGCCCGGGGUGCAGCAGGUGAACGGCCUGGCCCGGGUGGCCGGCGGCGGGCUGGGGGGAGGCACCAGUGCCAGCCACAGCCUCUCCACGGUGCCCAUGGUGGACGGCCUGAUGGGGACCCUGGCAGGAGGCCAGCAGAUGCCCAUCAACGGGAUCCUGGGGAACCUGAACGGAGCCCAGCCCGCCCAGCCCGCCAGCGCGCCGACGCAGGGGCCGGGUGGGCCCCCGGCCCUGCAGCUCUCCACCAGCCUGAGCAGCAUUCCCAGCCUGAGUCCCCUGACGGAGCAGCAGCGGCACGUCCUGCACCAGCACGAGCAGCAGCUCCAGCAGCUCCUGACUUCCCAGCCCCUUAAUCCGGAGCAGCAGGCCCUGGUGUUCCAGAUGAUGCAGCAGAUCCAGCAGAAGCGGGAGCUGCAGCGGCUGCAGAUGAGCAGCUCGUCCCAGCUGUCCAUGAGCUCCCUCCUGGCCGCCACCUCGGCCCCCGCCCUGAUGACCUCGGCCCCCCAACCGCCCCCCAGCACCAGCUCCCUCCUGGCCUCCCUGUCCCCGCAGCAGCUCAACCCUGGCAGUGCCCUGCUGGCCCCCCAGGCCACCCCACCGCUCAGCACUCCUGGGAACAGCCUCCUGGCCUCGGGGACGGGCCUCCCACCCGUCCUGACAGCACAGCCCAACCCCUUCCUCAACCUGCAGGCUGAUGGCAACACCCCCAAAGGAACGAACAUGAAUGAAAAGGGAGCUCCUCUUACCCAGGGACAAGGGCUUAAGAUC